AUGCUGUUGCCACAAGGUUAUACAUUCAGAAAACUAAAACUUACUGAUUAUGAUAAUCAAUAUUUAGAAACUUUAAAAGUUUUGACCACAGUCGGUGAAAUUUCCAAAGAGGACUUUACUGAAUUGUAUAAUCAUUGGUCAUCCUUGCCUUCUAUUUAUCAUCCUCAUGUAAUCACUAAUGCUUCAGGUAUAGUGGUGGCUACUGGAAUGUUGUUUGUGGAGAAAAAAUUGAUACAUGAAUGUGGUAAAGUUAGUCAUAUUGAAGAUAUUUCAGUUGCUAAAUCUGAACAAGGUAAAAAAUUGGGAUAUUAUUUAGUCACUUCAUUGACCAAAGUUGCUCAAGAAAAUGAUUGUUACAAAGUCAUCUUAGACUGUUCUCCUGAGAAUGUUGGCUUUUAUGAAAAAUGUGGUUAUAAAGAUGGUGGCGUUGAAAUGGUAUGUAGAUUCUAG